AGGGACAGGGUAUAAUAGCAGAGAGGAGAUCCAGAGGGAGGAGUCGUUCUGAAGCUGAUAUACUGGACCAAUUCCCAAGGAGGCUCAGUGGGAGCCUGAGCUAGAAGGACAAAGGCCAUGGGUGUCCAAGUAUCUGUAGUCAUUCCAAACUGGUGGUGCCGGUGGGCUCUGCCCUGGGCCAUGCUGCUGCUUCUCUUAGGUUCUGAGUUCCUGGAAGAAGUAGAGAGUGAAGAUGAAAAACCUACAAUGAGCUACUUACUUGCAACUGUGGAGUAUGCCAUACACAUAUUCAACCUGCAGAGCAACGAUACAAAUGCCUACAGGCUGGUGCGCAUCUUAAAGCCCAGGAGAGAGCAGUUCAAGGAGGACAGCACAUUGGCAUUCUCUUUUGAGCUUCAGCUUAGAAGAACAAGAUGUGGGAAAUUUGAUGAAGACAUUGACAACUGUCCCUUUCAAGCAAGUUCAGAGAAGAACAAUAUCAUCACCUGCUUUUUCACCAUCGCCAGUGAGCCCUGGUUAACACUGUUUGAACUCUGGAAUAAGACCUGCUUGGAUGGCUUCCACAAAUGAGACUCCAGCCCAUCUGGCUCUGGCUGCUCUCCUCUGGGACACCAGUGUUGUCCUGUGGGUGGCCUUUCAGUGGUUGAGUAGGUCCAAGUUUUGUUCUCUUUAUUUGUAAAUAUCUGGUAUCUCCUAUUGGGGCAUUGUGAAAAUUCCUCAUUACUUCAUAUAGAAAAAUCAUUAAACAUUAGCAUUCCAAGAA